CGGUGUUCCCGUCCCGGUGCUCCCGUCCCGGUGCUCCCGUCCCUGUGCUCCCGUCCCGGUGUUCCCGUCCCGGCGCUCCCGUCCCGGCACCGCCAUGCGCAAGUUCUUCCAGGAGAUCAAGGCCGACCUGAAGUUCAAGACGGCGGGGCCCGGGCAGAAGCUCUCGGAGCCGUCCCGGGCCCCCGCGGAGAAGCCGAGAGCCGAGGCGGCCCCGAAGCCCCGGCAGGCCCCCACGGACGAGGCGCAGAAGGCGGCGGCGGCGGCGCUGGCCCGGCUGGAGCUGAAGCCCAAGGGGAAGGCAGCGUCCGGCUCCCAGGAGCACAUCAAGAACCAGGUGAGAAAAGAGCUGAUGGCCGAGGCAGCUGCCGGGGAGAAGAACCUCUCCAUGGAGGAAAAGCAGCAGGAGGAGGAAGGGGCAGCUGCUCCCUCUGUCUCGGGGGUUUAUUUCAUUUGCCCCUUGACUGGUGCCAUUGUGAGGAAAGACCAGAAGGAAAAGCAGCUCCGAGAAGCCAUCCAGGCAUAUUCCUCCGUGGACCCAGUGGCUGCUUCCAUCAUGGAGAUCCACACCUUCAACAAGGACCGGGAGAAGGUCCGGGUGUGCGUGGAGACCAUGGCCAAGUACCUGGAUAACAUCUAUCUCCAUCCAGAGGAGGAGAAAUACCGGAAAAUCAAACUGCAGAACAAGGUGUUUCAGGAAAGGAUAAGCUGCUUGGAAGGGACGCACAAAUUUUUCCAGGCUGUCGGGUUUGAGACAAAAACCCUGCCUGUUCCAGGACAAGAGACCACGGAGGAGUUCCUCGUGCUGCAGGAGGAGGUGCUGAGCAGGCUGGAGGAGCUGAAGGAGCGCAAGGAGCGGCUGCUGAGCUCGGAGCCCGUGCGGGCGCGGCUGCACCGGCAGCUCGCCCUGUUCCGGCCGUCGCCCGCGGCCGCGCGCUUCCAGCUGCCCCACGACUUCUUCAACCUCACGGCAGAGGAGCUGCGCAGGGAGCAGCGGCUCCGGACAGAGGCGGUGGAGAAGGCGGCGAUGCUGAGGACCAGAGCCAUGCGCGAGAAGGACGAGCAGAGGGAGGUGAGGAAGUACAACUACACCCUGCUGCGGGUGCGCUUCCCCGAUGGAUACAUCCUGCAAGGGACUUUUUAUGCCCGGGAAUCAGUGUCUGUGCUCUACAGCUUUGUGAGAGAAGCACUCAGAGAUGACUGGCUGCCCUUUGAGCUCCUGGGACCUGGAGGUCUCAAACUGACUGAUGAGAACUUGGCCUUCAAUGAAUGCGGGUUGGUGCCCUCGGCCCUGCUGAGCCUGGCCUGGGACGCCGCCGUGAUGGCAGACGUGGAGGCGGCGGCCGAGGAGCAGCGCAGCCCCCUCCGGCCCGAGCUGCUGGCCAGAGCCCAGACCCUGUCCUGAAAUAAAGGGCAGUGCCCCCAGUGCUGCUGCCUCUGGAUUCAUCCCUCCUUUCCCCAGGACUGCUGGAGCUACGUGAGCUCACAGGUGGCUUUGGUUGAGCUCUGCAGAAGGGCUGGACCCUGCUGUCCCCUCCCAGCUCCAGACUCGCGGGUGGCCUCUGCCAGUGGCUGCUCCGAGGGAAUUUCGGCACCAAACGGGAGCAGGGAAUGCCUGAGGUGCUCCCCAGGC